AUGAAAAUCAUCCUUACCGGCUCCACAGGUUUCAUCGGCACCGAAAUCCUCUCCCAACUCAUCUCCCACAACUACAUCACGCACAUCUACCUCCUCACACGACGUCCCCACCCUUCGCCCCAAGCCAACAGUUCACGAAAAGUCACUCAAAUCCUGCACGAAGACUUUGAAUCCUAUUCCGAUUCCCUCCUGCAACGGUUUCGCGAAGAAGGCGUCGAAGCAUGUAUUUGGAGUCUGGGCGUGGGGCCGGGCAUGGCCACGACGAGUAAUAUCGAUGCUGCGAGGAAAGUGGGAGUGAAUUAUCCUGUCGCGGCUGCAGAGGCGUUUCAGGCGGGGAUUGCAAAGUAUAUGGAGCCAUAUGUGGGAUUUCCGGAGAAGCAGCCAGCGGCGGGACAAAAGAGGUUUCCGUUUCGGUUUGUGUUCAUUUCUGGGUGGGGAGCGGAGCAGGAUCAGUUUCGCCGGUUGUGGAUGUAUAAUGAGAGUCGCAAGAUUAAA